CCUCCUCUCUCCUUCUGAAUUGUUUCUGUGAGCUCUACUUUCUGCCUGCCCAGCUCGUUCUCUUCCUCCCGGUGUCUGACUGAGUCUACAGCAGCCAUGCAAACCACCAGGCAGUCUACGUACUCUGUGCGCUCCUCCAGCAGCAGGGGUCCUGGCGUGUCCAUCACCCGCACCUCCGCCCCCAUCUACAAGGCCCAGUCCAUCCACGGCGGGGCCGGGGGCUCCCGGGUCAGCGUCUCCUCCGCCGUCCGAACCUCCCUGGGAGCAGGGAUGGGAGCGGGCGGCAUCGCCAGCAGCGUCCAGGUGAGCGGAAACAGCGCCGACAUCAUGGGCAACGAGAAGUUCGCCAUGCAGAACCUGAACGACCGGCUGGCCAGCUACCUGGAGACGGUGAGGAACCUGGAGAAGGCCAACCAGAAGCUGGAGGUCAAGAUCAAGGAAGCCCUGCAGAAGAGCGGACCCGACUUCAGAGACUACAGCAAGUACCAGGUCAUCGUGGACGACCUGAGGAAGAAGAUUUUUGACGCCACCAUCGACAAUGCCCGGCUGGUCCUGAACAUCGACAACGCUCGCCUGGCUGCCGAUGACUUCAGAGUAAAAUACGAGUCUGAGUUGGCCAUCCGCCAGUCUGUCGAGGCUGACAUCGUCGGUCUGAGGAAGCUCAUCGACGACACCAACCUGAGCCGCAUGAACCUGGAGAGCGAGAUCGAAGCCCUGAAGGAAGAGCUCAUUCACCUCAAGAAGAACCACGAAAACGAAGUCACGGAGCUCCGCAACCAGAUCGCCAAUUCCGGCGUCCACGUGGACGUCGACGCUCCCAAGGGUCAAGAUCUGUCUCAGAUCAUGGCAGAAAUUAGAGCUAAAUACGAGAGCAUGGCGAAGAAGAACCAGGAGGAACUGAAAGCGUGGCAUGAAUCUCAGAUAACGGAGGUGCAGACGCAGGUGACGCAGAGCUCAGAGGCCCUGAAGGGUGCGCACACAGAGCUGACUGAUCUGCGUAGACAGCUCCAAACCCUGGAGAUUGAACUGGAGUCACAGAAGAGCCUGAAAGCCUCGCUGGAAGGAACGCUGAGGGACACGGAGCUGCGUUAUAACAUGGAAGUCGAGUCCCUCAACACCAUCAUCCUGGGUCUGGAGGCGGAGCUCACGCAGCUGCGUAACAGCAUCCAGCUGCAGACGCAGGAUUACGAGUCCCUGCUGAACACCAAGAUGAAGCUGGAGGCUGAGAUUGCAACAUACAGGCGCCUGCUGGAUGGGGGAGACUUCAAGCUUCAGGACGCUCUGGAGGAGCAGAAAUCCAUCAAGCAGAAGACCAAAGUGAUGACCGUCACACAGACCCUGGUGGAUGGGAAGGUGGUCUCCUCCAGCACAGAAACCAAAGACUACUAAACACAACAAGCAGUCGUCUGACAUUCCAGCAGUAAACCCUAACAGAAGAGAAGAAUUAGACAACUUCUGCUUCCUGUAGGUUCAGUUUAGACUUUAAAACAGGAGUAAUUGUUAAAGUUAGCAGCGUGAUUAGAUUCACAUCCCGGUCAACCAGCUGCAGCAGAGAAGAACUGGAUCAGAGGAAAACUAAAUCAUGUUAUUUAUUUCAUCACAAUUUAUUUAUGUCAUCGUUUGCUGACCGGUAGAUGUUUACAAGAGAUUAAAAUUGGAUGAUUGGCCGUCGUGAAAUAAAUAAAAAAUUUGUCAACAUAAAUUUCAAGUUUUUUAUGUGUAAUGUUCAUCGUGUUUGGUUUUCCUUUCCCUACAGUUCAGUCUCCCUGCUGUGCUGUGAUGUUCAGGCAUUUCAAUAAAUCUUUUUUGGAACAAAAAAAUCUGCUUUUUAAACAGCUUCUUCUUUCAAACUGGGAUUAAUCUGAGUGAAUCAUGGGAAUGGGGAAUGAAAAUCAUCAAUCAGUGUUGGUACAAGUACUGGAUGAAUCCCAGCAAGGUGGGAUCGAUACUUUAGUUUGUUUUAUAUGAACAAAGGUGAAAGUUGGUGAAAUUCAACAGUUUGUUAAUUUGCGCUUUGUAAAAAAAAAAUAAACCAAUUUUUGGAUUUACAGAAGUGAAA